CAGUACUACAUGUUGUCCAUCCAAAGUCCCAACAAUUUUGUCUUAAGUUCGAGCAUAUUAGAGAAGCAUGAAGAACAGUAGUCAUGGGCAAAGCGAACCAGCGCCUCUGAUGGACAUGAAAGAGAUCGGGCAAUGGUCUUUUUUCCGAGCCAUCAUUGCGGAGUUUCUCGCCACCCUCUUGUUUCUUUAUGUCACCAUCGCCACUGUCAUUGGCCACAAGAAGCAGGAAACAUCUUGCGAUGGCGUCGGACUCCUAGGCAUUGCCUGGGCCUUUGGAGGCAUGAUCUUCGUCCUCGUCUACUGCACUGCCAAUAUUUCAGGGGGGCACAUUAAUCCCGCGGUGACAUUUGGAAUGCUGGUAGCUCGGAAAGUGACGCUAGUAAGGGCGGUGGCGUACAUGAUAGCGCAGUGCUUAGGAGCUAUAUGCGGCGCAGGGUUAGUCAAAGCAAUCAUGGAGCAUCCAUAUAACAUGCUAGGUGGUGGCGCCAACUCAGUUGCACCAGGUUACUCAAAGGGUUCUGCAUUAGGUGCCGAGAUCAUCGGCACUUUCAUCCUCGUCCUCACCGUCUUCUCUGCCACCGACGAAGCAAACACUGCAGAGAAGCCCUUUAUAUCUGCGUUGCUUCCUUUGCCUAUAGGAUUUGCAGUGUUUAUGGUGCACUUGGCUACGAUUCCGAUCACCGGAACUAGCAUUAAUCCGGCCCGGAGUUUUGGACCUGCUGUUAUCUACAAUCAUCACAAAGUCUGGAGUGAUCAUUGGAUAUUCUGGAUCGGCCCAUUUCUGGGAGCUCUCGCUGCAGCGCUUGUCCACCAGUUCGUUUUCAAAAAAGCUCACGUUCCCAGGAGUCCCUGAUGAUCCGCAUCAGUUCAUAAUACGACGACGUGUGUGCAGUUUGCCUUGUUUGCUUAUCGUGCUCUUUGUUUUUUAUUACUUCGUUUUGUUUUGUUUUGUUAUGCUGCUGUCUCUGUGCCAGCCGCUUGUCCAAUUUAAUUGUUCUGUUCGCUUCAAUAAAGAAAUCGAAUAUUUUUUCAUCUUUCCA